AGCCGCUGUGCUCAGUCCGAUCGGGGGCGCGCCUGCCAUGAGAUGACAAACCGGCCCCCGCUCCCAGGCACGUAUGACCCGAAGGACUGGAAGUGCCCCAGCUGCAAGGCGCUCAACUUCAAGAAGCGCACGUCGUGCCUGUCGUGCGCGACCCCGAAGCCCAGGCAGGCCGAGCAGGAGAUCACAGGACUGGCGCGUCGGGAAGAAGGACCUCGGCGAGAAUGUCAGCGCCGACUGGACAUGCCGACAAUGCCAGCAGUUCAAUUUGGCGGCGGACAAGGUCUGCAAGAAGUGCCAGGCGCAGUGCCCGCCCAAGACGGCUGCGGCGGUGCCGCUGGGCGCGUCCGAGUUCCGCUCUGGGCGGGGCUCUGGCCACUUCGACCGCCAGGACCCGAAGGAGGAGCGGAACUCGCACAACUCGGACGAUGAGGACGACUACGACGAGUUCGGGCGCAAGAAGAAGAAGACGCUGUCCAAGGCCGACCGGCAGAAGGCCGCCCUGGAGCGCCUGAAGAACAAGGGCGCGGCGGCGAGGCGGGACCGCUCCAGAAGCCGCUGAGGCGCCUGCCGAGCGGGGCGCUCGCGGUGGCGACCCCGGGGCGCGGCGACGGGGGCCCCCCUCUGCACACGCUUCGCGGGGGCACCGGCUCCUCCUCCUCCUCCUCCUCCCCGCUGCUCCUUGUUGGUGGGUCCUGGCGGGUGCUGUGCUUCCCCUCUUCCUUUCCCAGCCUUUCUCGGAGCCCUCCCCGGGCGUUCCUCUUGCGCAGAAUGCUCUGCUGCAGUUGCGCUCCUCCGACACGUAUCCUCGGAUACGCUACCACUGCGGGACGCGUUGCGAGUGGAAAAGAUCGGACUGCCCUUCCUGUGCCAUCUCCCCUGUCGCCACCGCCUCGUGGAGCCCGAUUGCCACAUCUCUAGUCGAGUAAAGGUGUCACAGUUGAUGAUACCUCUCUUGUGCGUUGCUUCAACUCGUAUUUGGUUUCGAAUCCUGAUUUUUCGGAGGAAGGUGACAAGAGCUCCGCGCCCUCUGGCUCGACUGGCAGUGCUGCCAGCGCUGGAGGGCAGGAGCAUGCCCGCCCCACAGAGCCUGCUACUGCAUCUGUUGCAAGCGUUCCUGUCUGCAGCGUUGCGCCCAGCUCUUCCUCGAGUGAUGUGGUCGCCUCGGCCCCAGCCACCAGGGAGUGCUUGAGGCGCAUUGCCGCUUCUCUCCGCUGCGAGGCGGACGAUAUGGGAACGGGUGGGGCUGUGGAGGCGGGGUCGGGGGAUUCGGAUUGAUUUGCAGCGUUCUUGCCUGCCUUUCUCUUUUGGCAGGUGUGAACCCGUUUUCUUGUUCGUGUGGUUGCCGUCGCAGCCACCCCCUCUAAUUUUGUUUCUGUUCUCAAUCUUAUCCUCGGCCGUGCUUUGCCUCCUUGGCCUUCAGGCUGUUGUGGCAUAGGUUGCGGCUUCGCGAUCUAAGCGGCGACCGCCUGUCCGCUCAGGAUGCUCUCCGCGUUGCCGAUCGUUUUUCCAGCUGAGGGUCAGCUGGUGCCUGUUUUUCACCUGUCAUUCGCCACUAAUGGCAGGUAUGGCUACUUGUGUGGCGAGUUGUUUUUUCUUGUGCACUGUCUCUGGCGUGUCUGCCAGACAGUGAGAGCCCGAGCCGAGGGUCGAUCCGUGCGGGGAGGGGGCCAUAGUGGGCGCUCCGAAAGGAACUCCCGAAACCCCCUCCCCAUAGCGGCUCUCGCCGAGGCGAGGUCUUCUCAGAGCUGGCAGGUCCCGCCUUGCCAGUUGCUUGCACUAUGCGGUGGGCCCGUGGAGGUCAAAAAAAU